AUGGAUUCACCUGGAAUUUGUCUGGGUGAUAUACUCCUAAAGCUUACCAGCAAUGGAGUAAUCACAAAAGAGCGUCGCUCUGAGGAGCAAUGGGUCACAACCCAACACUUGCAUGCCAUCAUCCGCAUGAUGUUAGCCGAUGGAAUCGAGAAUGGCACGUACAAUUCGGAUGUGCUUAUCCUCAAGGCCCUAUUUUUACUACUUCAAGUGAACCGCGAGGGCCAUGAGCAGCUCCUGGCGGCGAGCAUCCACACCGCGUUUCGAAGAGGUCACUUUGCAAGUCUACACCAGCUACAGAGUUUACGGAUCAAGAGACCAACUGCCCCUGCCCAGUGA